CACUAAUAGUUAUAGUAAUAAUAAUGUUAUUUUAGAGUUAAUUUAGCCACGAUGACGAACACAUUUCCAUUGGUGUUGCUCGUUUUAUUUAACGUCGUUUUAGGAAACCAAUCACCUCCUUGGGUGCUCAAUAGAGCUGAUCCUGGUAGUGGUAGUGUGUCGUUCUUUAACAAUACAGUCACUGACUCGUACAUGAUGGUAAGAUGGACCUGGAGGGACUCGGCAAGUGGCUUCUGGGAUACUAGAUUAAGAGUUACACUUAAUAAAGAAGAAAUAACCGGUGGUGGAUUCUCAUACACCGAUCAGUAUGGAAACGAAUUGGCGUCGGUUAGGUGGUUUAGAACUAAAAUGGAUGGGCCGAUCAAAUGGAAGUACACUUCAUUUGGCUCGCCUCCCAAUAGCUGGUGGAUAACUUCGGUGGUGCCGAACGGCAAUAUAUCUUGGGGAUUCAAAAAUCAGAUUAUUGACGGCUCGUGGGUGUUUAAAGUCGGUAACGAUACGCUUGAACCUAAAAACUUUCAAAAUGUUGAUGGAUGGCCACAAGGGAGUGGAAAUAAAUGGAAACGGUCAAUAAAAUCACAAGAGAUUGGCAUUGAUAACUUACAAACAAAACAAGAGCAUUUUAUCAAAAGAGAACGAAGAGCCUCUGAUGACGACUCUGAUGAAGAAGACGAAGAUUUAAUUCAAAAAAUUAUUGGAUGUUUCAUGGAAUUUUUCAAAGUAUUCGAAAAAGCUAUUCAAAAUUCUGGGUUAUUUAUGUAGCAAUAAUAAUGAUACAAUAUUGAACUACACUAUUUUCUUGCACAGAAAUUAAUGUUUGGUACUAAAUUGGUAUUUCAUAAUUAUAGUUGUCAGUUUGUCACUACUUAACAAAAUAUAUUGCAUUUAUUUUUGUUAUAUUGUUUGUAAAAAUGAAAAAAAAAUACACAACUAAUAUUAUUUUAAAAUAAUAUGGUAUAUAUAUAUAUUUUUUUUACAAAAUCAUCAAUAUGAAUGUACACAAUGGCUUACUCACUAAGUAGUCUACAACAAACUUAAAUUUAGGUACAAAAAUAUAUGAUUUAUAAAUAUUUUGGACAUAAAAAAAAAUAUUACUGUUGUCUAAAGUAAAGCUGAUAGCUAAUCAGUAGCUAUAGACAUAAUAUUUUAAUAACAUUUUUUGGUCGUGUACACAAUACAUUUUACAUUAAUAAUAAUAUAAUUUACAAAAAAAGGCACAAAACGGUGCAUAACACUCGACUUAUUAAUAUAAUAAUAAUUGUCAGUUUACCUAUCUAUUUAGGGAUUUGAGGCAGUUUCAUAAUAAUAAUGCUUAUACUAAGGUCCUUAACGAACGUAGUAGUAUAGUAGUAAUAGUAGUAGAAUAAUGAUAACUAUUAUUAUAAAUUACCAUCAUUAUACAAGAGGGGAAAUUAUUUUAAUUUAAUUACAAAAGUAUUUUACAAGAAACAAGUGAGAUCAUAACAAAAAACAAAAUAUAACUUGGUUGUACGUGUGGUGGUUUUUAGUCUACAACAUUAGUGAAUUUGACUAGAAACCGCAAAAUAAAAAAAAACAUCCAGUAAACAGACCGAAUAGUACACGCACAUACGAUUAGCGCCGGAGAAGACCAAA